AACGAACUGUCAAUGACUGAACUGCUUGACAAUACGAGGGCUAAUUUGCCACAUGAGUUGACAUCGGCUAAUGAAUUAUUAGCAUAUCAUAUAUAUGCUCUACUUAGACGUCAGAAAGCCUACGCUGGUAUUCAUUUCGAAAACGUCGACGAGGAUGAUGGCGAAGGUGGCGAAGACGAAGUUUGCUAUUGUCUCAGCGUGGAUAACCCUCCUAAGGAAAUACGUGUUGUUAGUCUUGGUGGUAUAUCGAGAUCUGUCGUUUGUGUAGAUAACAGUGGAGUCGAUAAUGACAUUAGAACUGUCGUCGUGCAUCUCGACAAAUACUUUAAUGUUGGUGCAUUCCCCGUCAAACGUCAGACACUUUAUAGGGCAUUUAGAAGCACAGACAGUGGUGAACAAGAAAAUAGACUUUCAGCAUUAGCACAUGACCUUGAAGUUGCAUUGUUUAGAGACAACGAUUUGUCUUACAUUACAGAACCAGCUGAUAAGUACGAUAUUGGAACUACAACCCAUGUACCUGACAACGGUCGGGAAAAAGACAAGAACGAAAGUGUAUCAUCCCUGCUCCAAUCUCAACGUUCUUCCCACGCCAUAGCUACUCCUCAACCUAGGAAAUCAAGUCAGGAGAAGAAAGACCGUAAUUUUGAGCAAGUUAGCAGAGAUGCACAAGCUAAUAUACCUUCACCACCUGCAUCCCAGGAUUUGGCACCUAAUAUUGGUGGAUCAGAUCUAGAUCCUUUCCAGUCGUUCAAUAAUCCACCUUCAGGUAUAGGACUUGGUAAUUUGCGUCAGCCAGGGACACUAGGUGGGCCUAGUCGACCAUCAGGUGGAGGUAUGCAUCCUACACCGGAAGAGCUCUUCGCACACCCUCCAGAGGCACGUUAUGAUCCCAUAGGACCAGUUUUCGGGCCAGGUGGCAGUAUGGGUGUACAGCCACCUUUCAAUGAUCCUACUAAGCGCUCAAGAGGUCCAUCGGGUGGAUUUGGUGGGGUUUCUUUCGGUGGUGAUCCAGAUUUUGAUGAACCUAUGCCUCCAGGUAGCCUAACACACAAUAAGUCUAAUAUGUUCAUUUGAUUAGUUAACGAAUUUACGACUUUUUGAUAUCAUUUACUUUUGCUCGCAUAUCAGAUAUUCAUAAAUGCAU